AAGCACGUAAUGUACUCGUAGAGCGAGGCGGGUGGCGCGUGGCGUGGGUGGUGCGACGCACGCAUGCGCACCGCCGCCACCGCCGCCACCGCCGCGCCGCUCGCAGGAACCUCGCGAGAUGGCUCAGUGGCACGGCGGGACGCCCGGUCGAUUCCUGAGCGCGCGCAAGCACCAUCUCACCGUACCGUAUGAAACGUAAAUUAUAUACAAAUAUAAAUAAAGCCGGCCAUACACGCCAAGGUUAUCACUAUCCUUGUGGGCAAAGUGAAUAAUCUCCACUGUAAUUAUUCAAUUGUCGAGACAUAUUGUUGAAUCUGAUCGAACGAUUGCUGUCAUCUUAAAAAAAUCAAAGGACGCAUUCGUAUAUCUCCCGUCAUGUGAUAACUACACGCUGAGUGCGAUGAGAUGAUUUAGUUGUUGUUUUUUUCUGACGGUUGACAGUGCAAAGUCAAGGAUAUUGUAAUAGUAUUGUGACAUAAAGUUAUGGUAGUUAUUGAAGUAUGGAUAAUCGGGUAAUGUGUGAACUUGUAUAGUGUGAUGUUCUAACGUGUUUCGAGAGGAAUUGUUAUGAAGGGGAAUAUGUCAGCUGUGCUACCAGAGAGAGUGUGGCGCGGAAGGUGAGCGAUGGCGGCGCGGUGGGCGGCGUGGGCGCUGGCAGUAUGCGCGUGCGCCUCCGCCGCGCCGGCUGAGAUGCACACGCGUCCAUCCGCCACGCCGACGCCGCCCGCGCCGUCCUGCGACCCGCUGCUGCUGCGGAACAUACCGCCUCUGCCGACGAAUUCUCGUGAACACGAAGCGGCUGCUGUACACACGGCGCGUGCCCUAGCAGAACUGGUUGAACAGGGUGUAGCAGAUGAAUCCCGCGCGGCCGCGCUAGCACGAGCCGCAGCGCGAGCGCCGCUGUCGCCGCCGCCAGCCGCCGUGGCUCUAGGGGCUCCACAAUUGCACCUCGGAGUACUAUACUUCGCAGAACCACCGCGACUCAUCGUUUUUCAACAAAAUAACACUCUCACGUUACGACAAUUCUGGAGGACGUUGGCAUCAGCUUGGAAUGCUACCGCUGUAGUAUGGUCAAACGCUUGGUUUUCCUGCGAGAGUGGCGACGAAGGUUGGUGGGGAGGUGUCGCAGCGGCACGUGGUUUUGGCCCUACAAGAGCCGCUGCUGCUGUAUUUCGUCGCUGGCCAGCCGUGCCGUGUGAGGAAGCUAUGUACGACUGGCUCGGAGGACCUCCACGGUGUGAUUCUGUUAGUACAGAGUGUGAAGCGUAUUCAGCAUUGGGAAACAGUGACCGAAAGAUAGAGUAUCGAUGUAAAUGCCAAGGAGGGCACUGGAGCGAAAUCGGUGAUGGCUGGGUGAGCGGAAGUGCGUUAGCUAAUAAUGACGCACAUGUCCUCACCUGCACUCCUUGUGGGAUGGGAAGCGACGUCACGGCGUGCCUCGCUGAUGUUUACCGCGUGGUACUUCUCGCCGUCAACUUAGCAGGAAUGCUCAGCUGUCUUGUUAUUGGUCUUAUUAUCUUUAGAAAGAGAAAGUGUAAGGCUGUAGCGAUGGGAAUGUGGACCGUGUUGGAAGUUGUUCUCGUAGGCGCUUUCCUGAUUUAUUCAUCUGCGGCGUCUCAAUACUUAUCUAACGGUAAAUGGCGAUGCAUCGCCGGCGCGUGGCUGCGCGAGCUCGGCUUCGUCGCCUGCUACGGCUCCGUAGUGCUGCGACUGUGGGUGUUGCUGGCCGAGUUCCGCACCAGAAAGGCACAUCGAUGGACGCCUAGAGAUUCUGAGGUCCUCCGCGUGGUGGGUGCGAUGUUGUUGGGAGCGACGUGCUAUCUAGCAGCAUUCACCGCUACUACAGUGUGUGAUGAUGACUGGAACGGAUGCGCACGCGCCGCCUGGCAUCACGUCACUGCCGCCGCCGAGAUUUUGCUGCUCGUCGCUGGUAUCAGAAUCGCGUACGCUGCUCGGAAUGCUAAUGUGCCAUUUCAAGAGCGCCGGUGGCUGACAGCGGCGCUGUGGUCGGAGGUGGCGUGUGGCGUGUGGUGGCGCUGCCUGGCGUGGGGCGCCGGUGGAGCGGCGCCGGAGCGCUGGCCGGUGGCGGCGACGGUGCGCGCGCAGCUCUCCGCGGGCGCCGCACUCGCCUGCGUGCUUGCACCACGCCUCUGGCACGGAUACAGAGCCAGAUCACUUGCACAGGAGGUGUCUCGCCGAGGUCCAGCGGAAGGUUUCGGUCCAGAAGCUGAAGAAGAACCAACAUCCGAGGAAGUAAGGGCCGAGUUGAAAAGAAUUUAUAUUGAGCUGGAACUGCUGCGUAGCAAAACUAUGCGAAGAGACAAUCCACACAUAAGCAAGAGGAGAGGGGGCAGGAAACCACAUCGCAGAUUCUCCUUGCAGAAAAAGGGCAGUCGGGAAAAGGCUCUUCAAGCUCGUCGCGGUGGUAAGAAGGCCGGCGGCAAUGCCAGCGCGGUGGAGGCGAGCGAGGCGUGCGACGCUUCCCGCACGCCCGAGGACUCCGUCUGCUCCGCUGAAGGUCCAUCCCACUACACAGAUGGAGACACCCAGGCCUGAUCGUUCCCCAAUUCAUUCGAUGUAAAUGGGGUUCUAAAUUAUAAACUCUUCUAUGUCGCAGCAAUCGUUGACGCUGAUGUUGAAUUUGGUCAUAAUGCGUGUCGUAACUUGAGCAAAAUGUCUAAAAAGAGUAUUGCUACAAAAGCAUUACGUACAAAAAUAAUUUUGAUUCGUUGAAGGUUGGGGUGUGGGUCCAUAUUUGAAAUUUAUGAAGACACCAAACAACUUGAAGGUGAUUGGCAAUUAUUCCAAUGGUGUAAUGUUGAAUAACUUUUGACCAUGAUGUUGGCUCAAAGUGGUAAUAAGAUAGUUCGUUGCCUGUUAAGUCAGUUUAAAGUAAGAGUUAAACGUUAUUAUUAUGAGGAAACCAAAAGUUUCCUAAAUAGAUGUACAGCAGUAGUACAUAUUGUACUGGUAGAAAAUUUAUUGCUGUCGUUAUUAAAUAUUGUCGGUGCAUGUUUAAUUGCACUUAAAUACAUCGGUUAUUUUGGAAUCAUGUGUUAACAGUUGAUUUUGUGGUAUAUAAUUACGUGACUAUAGUCGGAAAAUAAAAUUGCUUAUGAAUGUUUAUUUAUUUUGUCCGAAAAUCUAAACCCGAAUAUUGGAGUUUUAGUUUUCACAAAUUAAAUCUUAGUCGUUCUAAAAAUCCCGCGGUAGUUGGUGGUAUAUGUAUCAAAUGCACAAAUCUGCAAUCACAAUUUUACUGUAUACUACGUACAUAUAUGUUUCAAUGUAAAUUUUAUAUCUUUACUUAUUACUAGUUCCAUGUAUCUGUAAAUGUUCUUAUUUUCAAGCUGUCCCUGUGGCUUUGUCUUGUAGAUAUAAUCAGACAAAUACCUGUUUUGUCAUAUUUCACGUGUUAUGGAUAAUUUUACAUAGCUGGUAAGAAAUCAUUUGUAUAAGGGCGAAUACAUAGAAUAUUUCAUAACGAAUAUAAACCAAUACCUAUUGCAGCCUUAUUCAUGUCAAACAAUCUAGUAAAUAUAACUAGUCAACAAGUACCUAAGCAGGCCAUUGGUUACAGUAUAUACACAAAGUAUUCUGAUGUUCAUUACAAGAAGUGUCCUAACUUCCUCUAUAAGCAUUUAGAUAUAAAAUAAUAUGUGUUCCAGUUUGAGGCACAUGCCUUAACAAUAUCAAUCUGAGCCGCAUAAUUAGAUUGCUAAUCGUGAUCACCACCUUAUUCAGAAUUUUGAUAUAGUGACAGUAAAAAGGCUCAGUCGACUUAGAAUGCCCCAAAAACACGACUCGUAAGUCGAUGUCGUUUAAUUUUGACGUUUGUGAUUGGUCGCGAGACCAAUGCGUCAGUCACGUGCGUUUUUCAACCAAUCACAAAACGACACGGAGUCGUGUCGUGUUUUUUUACCACAUUCUAAGCACACAGUUUUGUUAUGUUAAGAGUCACUGGCACAAAUGGCUAUUUCAAUAUUUUAUAAUAGAUACUUAUUGUCUACCUUCAUACCGAGCAUCACUAUGUUUAAUCUCCGGUCUGCUCACAUGUUUACUCAUUAAUAUUCUAUAGAUAUUCUAAUUAAGGACAUGACUUAAACUUAUCAGUGUUAGGGAUCAAUACUUAUAAUCUGGUUAUCUGAUUGUCAUUCAAAUAUUUGUUGGUUUUGAAAUGUUAUGUUUUAUUUCAUUUUAAUUUCUUCAAUCAGAAUUGCGGUGAUAAUAAGUUAUUUUAUUUGUUAUAUUUUGAUGUGCUAUAAAAUAUGUAAAUAAUGAAAGAAUAGUUUCAUAAUUUUGUUGAUUUUUUUUGUAUUGAUAUUAUAUUAUGUACGUUGAGCUUGAUAUAUUUUCGUGGUAUGUGCAAUCUUACUGAUGCCAAAGAAAUAUAAACAAUAUUGUAUUAAUUAUUGAAUACAUGACAAUAUUCAUAA